AUGGGACUAACUGACUUUACGAUAACCAACAUAGCUAAAUCAACAGCUUUGAGUCCUGAUGAUGAUAAAACAAAAAAUAAGGAGGAUGAGGCAGACCAUUCUCAUCGAGGGUUUAGUUGGAUUAUUGCCAGUAUCUUCAUAGUAGGAGAAACAGCAGGAAGUGGAAUGGUUGCAUUACCCGCUGCUACUAUGAACGCUGGAUUUAUUGGUGGAUCUGUUUUGCUUAUCUUGAUGUGUGUUCUGCUUGGCUAUACCGCCUCUCUUCUCGGUAAAAAUUGGCUGAUCAUGCAAAAGCUGUGGCCCAAGUAUAAGACGGAACCAUGUCGGAACCCUUAUCCUGAAAUGGGGAGAAAAGCUAUGGGUAGAGGAGCCGAAUAUUUGGUUAAUAUAAGCAGCUAUCUAACCCUGUUCGGAGGAAUGGCUGUUUUCUCAAUUUUGGCUUCGAAGAACAUAUCGGAUCUCCUAUCAUUGUUUAAUAUAAGAGUUCACUUUUGUAUAAUUCUAUCAGCUCUUGCUUUGGGUAUUUGGCCUUUCACGAUGCUGAGAAGUCCAGCUCAUUUCUGGCAAGUUUCGAUUGUAGCAGCUUCUGCUACUGCUUUAGCCGUGGUUAUACUGCUGGUAGGAGUGAGCAUCGAUUCUCCCAUGUGCCUUUCAGAAGUCAAGUACUCGGAAUUUUCUCUGAGCAAGUUAUCCCUGAGCUUUGGUACUAUGAUAUUCUCCUAUAGUGGCCAUCCAGUAUUACCUACAAUUCAACACGACAUGAAAAAACCUGAGCAUUUUCAAAAAGCUGUGAUUUUAGGAUACAUAGCUAUGUUCUUCCUCUACGCCCCGAUAUCCAUGCUGGGAUAUGCCGUAUACGGUAACUCACUCUCUGACACAAUCACAGUUUCAAUUCAAACUCUUGUUUUGAGACAUAUAGUUAAUGUAAUGGUCACCAUUCAUGUGCUCUUCUCCAUCAUUGUGAUCGGCAAUCCUGUUUUACAAGGGGUCGAGCAAGUUUUCAAAGUGCAAGACAAAAUGGGAUCAGGUCGUUUUGUCGUUCGAUCGAUAAUAUUUUUCGCUGCAAUUUUCAUAGCAGCCACAUUACCUGACUUUGGAAUCUUUCUUGACUUGAUUGGAGGGUCUUCCAUGACAAUAUUAUCUAUCAUACUUCCUGGACUGUUCUCGCUGUAUCUUGAAGCUGCUGAGAAGAAGAGGGAAUCUUCAAAUGAUGAUCAAGUUGCUAUGCCAACAUUUGCCGAGGUCAUCCACCUGACUCCGUUGAAAAGACUAUUGGUUGAAUUCAGCAUCAUCGCUUUUGGCGGAUUAUGUGGCAUUAUUUGCACAGUAAAUACGCUUCGACAGAUACCGAACUCGUCAUUUUCAACGCCCUGCUAUCUAGAUCUGAUUCGAGGUGCUUCUUUCACAAAUUCUCCCUCUCUUACACGUUGCUGUGGAGAAUUCCACAACAUUACUGCUAAUAGCGACCGAUUCUUCUGUGGCAUUUAA